AUGACCUCUCAAGCGUGUCAAGGUGACAGCACACAACUUUCGUUGCCAGAACAACUUCGCACCGGAACGCGCCAGAAGCAUCAUGUCCUAAACACGCUGGUGAUGGCACAUUUGCCGCUAUGUCUACCACCGCAUGCCGACAGACCACUCCACUACGCCAAAGGCAUGAUACUCUACGGGCAAAUAUACUCUGCGUUUGAAGACUUCAUGACAGUACAACUUGCUUGCAGCCGUGCAAACCAACGGCUGGCUUGGAUGUACCAGAGCAUGUAUUUGCCUCAGCUCUUAAGGAAGAGUCGAUUGCAAAGUGAUAUCGAAGUGUUAAAAUCCCGGCUGGGGCGCAGCGAAGCUGAGGACCUUGAGUCUCUGGCUCAAGAGGCGGAAGUCUUCUAUCGGAGGGUCAAGAGCUCGUUACUGAGAAGACCGCACGUCCUGCUCGCUUAUGCUUGGACAAUGUACCUCGCUCUGUUCAAUGGUGGUCGAUGGAUCAGGAGCCGGCUUGUCUCAGCCGGCGUGGAAUUCUGGCUGGGUGAAGCGUUACCGUUGUCGUUCUGGGAGUUUCCGGACCACGUUCAUGCCAAUGUGGAGGGAGAACAACUCAAAGAACAGUUCAAGAUCGGCUUCUCAGCAGCAGCCUCGGAUCUGACAGAUGAUGAGAGACAAGAUGUGGUUGAGGAAACUAGCCAACUGUUUGACCUGUGCUCAGAAAUGGUGGGAUUUUUGGAUCGGAAUGUGAGGACAGAGCCCUCACAAGAACUGUCUGCCGGGUCCUCGCCAUAUGCGACCCCUCUAGUGGCCAAACAACCACUCGAAUGUAUACGCUGUCGCCAAACCUGCGAGGGACGGCCUAGGUAG